GCCGAGGCGUUUGCUGUCAUGAAAGAUUGGGAGGCUCAGAAGGCGAAGAGAGAGGAAUUGCGCAAGACACUAAACCUUGAUGAGGAUAUGGCUACCCAACUCAGUAAUUUGGAAGAAGAAAGGAAAAACAUGGAGGCACUUCGCGGUCCAAUGAUCAAGCAGAGACGAAGUAUGAGAGCAAUCUACCGAAUGAGGUUCGAAGAACUGACGUCCCCCAACUCGGACGCUAUGAGAAAUGAGACUAGUUGAGAUGAGUUUCUAACAUGGCCGAGCAGUCAAAGCAGUCAGAGCCUGGAUAACGUAUUUCGCGAGAGAAUCUAGCCACCAAUCCUCACCUACACCAGACAUCGGACGAAUUCUUAAUUUGGAUUCUUAGUUUGUUUUAGUAUUUUGG